UUAUAAUAAAAAUGAGAUAAUAUUGAUAAAUUAUUAACCGUUAGAUCAAUGAGUGAUUGAUUUGGUUAGAUGAACAAAUGAAGUAUAUAUCACUCAGAGAAACCUCUGGACUCUCUCGACUCUCCCCGUCUGUAGAAGACGGCGACACCACUGUAACCACCGCCGCCGUGAGACGUCUCCGUCUGUCAUCUGAGUUGUCUCAAUCUCUACUGCCGCUCUCGGCCCUCGACACCUCCACCGCAGUCUCUCAGCCUGCGACUCCACCACCGUUCAAUUGCGACUCGAAAGAGGAAACUCUUGUAUUAGUUUAUGUCAUACACAAUGGGGGAGACUGAUGCACAAAUCACAAAGAAAAUGGAUGAGAUGUGGGUGGAGCAAAAUCAAAGGUGGCCUUUAGGAGAUUAGCAAUAUGACAAGUGAUAGUGAAGAUAAGAUGUCCGAGGAUUGCAUGGAUUCACCAUCUGUUGAAGAAGCUAGCAGCAUAGGAAAAUUGGGUGGUGGUGGUCUGUUGAAGAAAGGCCCCUGGACAUCGGCAGAAGAUGCAAUUUUGGUGGAUUAUGUUAACAGGCAUGGAGAGGGGAACUGGAAUGCUGUCCAGAAGCACUCAGGACUCUCUCGCUGUGGGAAAAGUUGUCGUCUACGUUGGGCAAAUCAUCUUAGGCCAGAUUUGAGAAAAGGUGCAUUCACCCCAGAUGAAGAAAAGACAAUCAUUGAACUACAUGCCAAGAUGGGAAACAAAUGGGCUCGCAUGGCUGCAGAGAUGCCUGGACGGACGGAUAAUGAGAUAAAGAACUACUGGAAUACGAGAAUCAAGAGACGGCACCGUGCUGGCUUACCGAUUUACCCUCCUGAUAUAUCUCAAGCAUUGCAUGAGAAUCAACAGUGUCAGAACAUGGGUACAUUCCCAAUGGUGGAAACACACCAUCCUGAUCUCUUGUCAACAAAUAGCUUUGAAAUUCCUCUUGUGGAAUUCAAAAAUUUGGAACUCGACCAACAGUUGUAUUCGCCAGCACUUCCCGAUAUUCCUGCAAGUGGCUUACUAGCACAAGGUCUUGGUUCUUCCCAUAGUGAUAGCUUGAUGUUCUCAAUGUUGCAUCCACCAAAACGCUUUCGGGAAUCCCGGGAAUCUGAGUGCCUGAUUCCUUGUGUCAAUAGUAGCACUGCUGAUUAUUUCCGGGCAUUUGAUCAAUACCCGGAUGAUGGUUGUGAGAAAAUUACCCAAUUGUCCUCAUCCAUACUUCCUGGCAGCCAUGCCCUUUUAAAUGGCAAUUUCUCUUCUUCGGAGCCCAUGCCUUGGGCUAUGAAUCCGGAGCUCCCUUCACUCCAAUAUUCAGAUGCUCAAGUAGGUAGCUGGGAAACAGGAACACCAUCGUCCCCACUGCCAUCCCUUGACUCUGUCAGUACUCUUAUUCAGUCCCCCUCGACUGAGCAAGCACAGUCGGAUUCUCUUUCUAGACGGAACAGUGGUCUGCUGGAAGCAGUACUUUAUGAAUCGCAUACUUUGAAGAGCUCAAAGAACAGUUUUUGCGACCUGACUUCGAAUGUUUCUGUUGUGGCUGGCGAUGCAAUGGACAGCUUGUCUCAGAAUCUCCGCGAGACACAAUGGGAAAUUCAUAGUGACCCAAUCUCUCCUCUUGGUCAUUCUACUUCAUCAGUAUUCAGCGAGUGUACUCCUAUCAGCGGAUCCUCCUUCGACGAACCCCAUUCAGUUGAGAUCUUUCCAGAAUGUCUAGCGAAGCAAGAAGCAGUUGACUGGGUUACAACGAAAUGUGAUGUAAAUGAAGAAAAUGCAAAUCAGAUGAUGUUCUUGAGGCCUGAUUUCUUACUUGCCUCAAAUUGGUUUGGUCAUAGUACUGAGCGAGGUAGGGAACAUUCCGUUCUGAAUGAUACUAGAGGCACACUUCUUGGUGAAGAUUUCAAUGGUGACUGCAAGCAAAUUAGCACUAUGUCUGUAUCUGAUUCAUCUUGCCAAAAACGUGGUUGUGGGUCUUGUUCAUGGGAUGACAUGUCUACGGCCUGUGAACUUUCUGAAAAUCUUUGAAUGCCUUUAGAAUUUCAAACUUCUUGCACACUUUUUCAUAUUUAAUUUGUCAAAGUUGUCUUUGAUUUUGAAGGGUUGUUGAGGGACAAUUUCAUGGUUACCAGAACUAUGAAAGUCUUAUGUUUGUUUUGUUUGAAUGUUGUGUUUAUUUUGUUUUCGGGGGUGGUUUUGGUUGUGGAAGAUAGUUUGAUGGAUUUCUUUGGAUUAGUCAAUCUCCGCUUGUGUGUGCUUAGAAAUCAUUGCCAUAUCGUAGUCUCCAAUAUUACUGCUUUCAGUUUCAACAUAAGGUCUUUCUGUUUUUUUUC